AUGCGUUGCUGUGUCCCAGCUGAGCUGAAAGGCAAGAAAAAGGGGGCUUACCUCCCUUCCAUCUCUCCAAACUUUACCCCAUCAGCACCACUCCAUGAGCUUGCUGCACCAUCGCUGUCACCUCCUUAUUCACAGGAAAACUUGCUAAACCAGACAUGUGAAAUUGAAUCUCCUGAAGAAGAAAAACUUGAUGGAACAACCUUCAAGGAUAUUUCAGUUCAUAAAAAGGUUGUGGGUGGCUUGUUAGCUGUCAUUGGCAGAGAUGAGGAAACACCAAGCAGAAAAGAAGUCUGUUAUGAGCCCCUGGGCUGCUUUACAGAUGACGCGCCAUGGAGUGGAACUCUACUGCGACCCAUUUCAAAAUUACCCUGGUCACCAGAAAAACUAAACACUCGUUUCCUUCUCUAUACUCGAGAACACCCUGAUAGCUUUGAGGAAAUCAAGGCCACUAGUCCAGCAACUAUUAGUCAAUCAAACUUUAAUGCAAGCAAGAUAACUCGCUUUAUUACGCAUGGAUUUAUAGACAAGGGUGAGGAAAACUGGCUGUCAGAUAUGUGCAAGAAUAUGCUUCAAGUGGAAGAUGUGAACUGCAUCUGUGUAGAUUGGAAAAGGGGUGCCAGGUGUCCGUACACCCAAGCAUCGAAUAAUAUACGUGUGAUAGGAGCUGAAGUGGCGUAUUUUAUAGAUGUCCUUAUGACAAAGUAUGGAUAUUCUCCAUCCAUGGUACAUUUAAUUGGGCACAGCCUUGGGGCACAUUUAUUUGGUGAAGCAGGAAAAAGAAGACCAGGAAUUGGAAGAAUAACAGGACUAGAUCCUGCUCAACCCUAUUUUCAAGGCACACCAAUUGAAGUCAGACUGGAUAAAAGCGAUGCUUCGUUUGUUGAUGUGAUUCAUACUGAUAUGCUUCCAACCAUUCCGUACCUGGGCUUUGGAAUGAGUGACCCUGUGGGACACCUUGAUUUCUUUCCAAAUGGAGGUGAAACUAUGCCUGGAUGUUCAAAGAAUGCAGUUUCACAAAUAGUGGACAUUGAUGGAAUCUGGGAAGGAACUCGUGACUUUAUGGCCUGUAAUCAUUUGAGGAGCUACAAAUAUUAUUCAGAUAGCAUCCUCUAUCCAGAUGGAUUUUUGGGUUACCAGUGUUCUGCUUACAGCGAAUUUGAAUCAGGUGACUGUUUCCCAUGUCCCAGUAAUGGAUGUCCUAAAAUGGGUCACUAUGCAGAUCAGUUCAAAGACAGAGUCACCUUUGGUUUCACAAAGCUUUAUUUGAAUACCGGCGAUGCCAGAGUUUUUGCCCGCUGGAGGUACAAAGUGUCAGUCACACUGUCUGGAAAGAGCAGUGUCCGUGGAUAUAUAAACAUUGCUCUGUAUGGAAGUGGAGGGAACACAAAGCAAUAUCAAAUAUUCCAUGGAAAACUCAAACCUGCUCAGAGUUAUACCGAACUAAUUGAUGUAGAAAUUGAUGUUGGAACAGUCAAUAAGGUCAAAUUUCUUUGGAACAACAACAUUAUAAACCCAACUUUGCCUAGAUUGGGAGCAUCAAACAUCAUAGUGGAAGAUGGAAAAGAUGGGAAAGUGUACAAUUUCUGUGGCAGUGAAACAGUGAGAGAAGAAGUUCUGCAAACACUAACAGCAUGCUGACCUGGGAAUAUAGGAAGAAUUUUCCUACAGACCUGAAUUUGAAAAUGUAAUUCUUGUGAAGAGGCAAAUUUGCAG